AGGGGCGGUUCUUAUUCCAAUUAAAGUGCAGGGCCAUAGCAGAGGCAGAGAGGCUUGCUUGCUUGCUUUAUGUUUCCAGCAGCUCAAUCUCUCCAGCGGCAGGAGAGCCAAGGAGAUAAAGAAGCCUCAGGCCUCCCUCCUCCUUCAUAUCCUCCUCCUUCUGAUAGUGACUGGCUGAUCAAUGCCAGCUACAAGGAGACAAAACCCUCACGUGAUCAUCACGUGACUAGUAACGACAACAAGAGCGACAGGUCAUCAUCAUCUCACUCGCCUCCGAGACACAAGAAAUCGAGACACGAAAGGAAAGACUCGUCAUCUGAAAAGAGAAAAGGACGUAGGAAGAGCGACUCGCAUCACCACAGACACAAGAAACACUCUAAAAAACCCCAAAAACCCUCAGAGCCAGUAAAACCCGAUACAAUAUGGCUCAGCGAGACAGGUUUAGAUCCUAAAGAUGCUUAUCGUCUUCAUAAAAAACCCGAUCCAUCAAACCUCUCGUAUGACACCCUUUAUAGUGGAGACCAGGCCUCCUAUAAACGCUAUUAUGGCAACCUCUGUUUGGGGCUCGGGUGGAGUCAGUCGAUAAAAUUCACGGAUAAACGGAAUCGAGUUGCGAAAGGCUCAAACCAAGAGGAAGCCAAGAAGCGAUAUUACGAGGAGGCCCUUGAUACAACUGACACACAACUAACCUUCAUACCACGCCCUGUUCAUGCAGCCUGUCUCAGUGAAGAGGAGGAGGAGGUGGAGGAGGAAGAGGUAAAAGAUAAAGAAGGAGAGACUCCUAAAGAUAAAGAGGCUGAGAAUAAAGACGGAGGAGCUGGAGAUGAUAAGAAAGAGGAAGUGGAAGUAGAAAAAAAAGAGAAAGCCAUACACAAGAGGAGAGUACACAUACUGAAAGAUCAUGAGGAUUUCAAACUACCUGAUUUCCUUAAAUUAGACAAACAAUUAAAUGACAAUAAUCCUAAACUCGACGUCCUUCCCCCUGAUGAAUACAUCAGUCAAAGGAUUGCUGACUAUAAUCGUAGGCUAGCAGGAACAAACGAUGUCUCCUUGUGGCUUGAAUUUAUCGCCUUUCAAGACCAAUUACUUCACUGGGGAGUGUCCCCUAGUGGGGACGGAGAGGAUAAAGGAGUCGGCGAGGAAAGAAAGAAAAAGUUAAAGGCGGCCAUCACAGAGAGAAAGAUAUCUAUAUACGAGAAAGCCCUAGGCAUCUUUCCUUAUUCUACUGACCUUAUUAUAGGACACAUGGAGCUAGUAGAGGAAAUAUGGGAUACAGAGAAACUGGUUGAGAAAUGGAAAGACAUUGUCUUCUAUAAUUCCAAUCAGUCCCUCCUCUGGAUCAAAUACAUAGAAUUCUGUCUCUCACGUUUCUCCUACUUUCAGACCAACUCAGUCAUAGCUAUAUUCACUAAGAGUAUCUCCACACUCACGGGCAUAGCAGAGAGAAGACUCCUAUCGCAUUAUCCUGAAGUAGACGCCGAAAGAAAGAUACUAGCAAUAUACGUAUUCCUGUGUUACUUUCUACGCGAGGCUGGUUACAUAGAAAGAGCCAUAGCAACAUUCCAAGCACUGAUUGAAUUCAGUCUACUCUGCCCUAUUGAUGAGUACCCUGCCGACGGGUUCUAUCCUCGUAUCGCCCGUAGAAAAGGACUCGAGAGUUUCUGGGAGACAGACGAGCCACGGUUCGGGGAAGAGGGAGCCGUGGGUUGGACUGGAUGGGAACAUAGAGAGGAAGUGGAGCCUACACCAUUAGGCCUGUUUCCCUCUGAUAAAUAUGAUAAGCUACUGAAGGAGAGCCCUAAAGACAAGGAGGGGGAGACAGAGGAAGAAGAGGAGGACAUUGACAUUAAGUUUGUAAGUGGCCAGCCGCUCAAUAAAGCCUGGCUCAAGAUAGAGAGCUAUCGAGAUGAAGAGAAUUCCCUCCCUGGCCGACUCUCGGCUCCAGUCAACUCGAAGAUGAACAGCGAUUCUGAAGACCCUGAGCACAUCACCCUCUUUGAUGACCUCAUUCAAAUAAUGUUCAUGAUGCCCGACCCUGAACUGCAUUAUUUAUUACUGCUAGAGUUUGUUCGAUUUCUCGGAGUCCCUUGCUCGGGACAGUCGAUAAUGCAGGCUACCUUCCCCGAUGUUGUUUACCCCGUAUCCAUGGCAUCAGAGGUGAUGACUGCCCCUUCCUGUAUUCUCAACAGCCUCAGAAGUCAAGGUACUAAAUUCUCUUCUUGUUACUUCCAGUCCUCACCGCUAGGCAGCGAGUACUCCUCCACUUAUGGUACUAAACUCAUGGACGAUCUCUCGUGUGGUAGCCUUCCAUCUGAGAAAUCCUCAAUUUCUACCAAGUGUCCUCCUUUCUCAAGUCACACGAAACACUUCAUAUCGACAGUUUUUAAUCAGAGUCUCGGUUUGGUGCCAAAGGACUCCAACGCAGGCAUGGUCCUAAUGUGUACUUGGCUACAGUUUGAGUUGUUGUACAUUAAACAGCUUCAGUCCGAGUUGUGUGAUGUCACCGAGCAUGUUGAUCAAUUGCAUUCGCUUGCUAUAGAACUGGUUGGUUCUUUCACUAGUCACAAUUACUCUUUUCUCUGGGACUUCACUUAUUCGCUGGAGCAGCUCAUGCCACAGCUAUCGGGCAAGCCAAGCCAGCUGAGCAAGGACCUCUUGAGUCCGUUCACGAAGAAAUCGAUGCCUUUCAACGAAAUGUUUAGCCUAUCAAUGACCUUUGUUGAGUACCUCCUUGGACUAAGAGAGCCGAUGAACUGUUACCUAAAAUGUGUCCCCAAUAGGAAACUCGCCACUUAUAUGAUAACCUCAAUGAGUGAUUACAAAUUUGAUCCUGUUAAUCUUCCGAAAGAUGUUCCUAAUUUCACAGCCUUUGCCAUGAUAAGGACGGAGGAUUUCUUCCUUUUACACAUCCGUAAAGUCCUCGCACAGAUCAAUGCAAAGAUGAUGAGUGUCAAGAAGGACACUUUUUAUGUUCACUUCCCAAAGCUGGCCUGCCACGUGUACUUCAUCUAUCUCACCGAGGGGAUCGAGGACACGUUCAAACUCUGCCAGCAGUACGAGUUUGAGAUCAAGAGGAUAGCCAGAGACCCUGCAGUCCCCAAUCACUCCACCCUCACUCCGCUACUAGAGAACCUCUACAUGCUACAGGCAAGGCUCAUCAUUGUUCAUGGACACUAUAAAGUUAUGAAACCUUCGGUACUACGAGAGUUCAUAUACAAAGCGCUCGAGCUCUUCCCAGCCCAUUAUUGGUUCCUCCAGUAUCUCCUUGAGGUUGAGAGACGAUCUUCUAUUAGCGGACGUCUUAGAAGAUUCUUUGAGAGCUCCCUCUCGAAGUCUGUCUCUCUAGCUCCACUCUUAUUUGCGAUACGAUCAGAAUUGGAGAGGAGAGAGUAUUUAAUGGCUUGUGCUGGUCAGGGGGAGAGUGCAGACGAGCCUCUUGGGGGGAUACUCCACAGAGUGAGGGCUUUAUUUAGAAGAGGGAGCGAGUCACGAACGUGUCAACUCUGUCCAGCUUUUUGGCGUUGCUACAUGAAAUUUGAGAUUGAGUAUGGCAGCAAGGCUGAUGCGAAAGCAAUAUUUUAUCAAGCUAUCCACUCUUGCCCAGGAGUCAAGGUUCUGUACACUGACGGUAUACACUACUUCCCAGAGGAUAUUGAGAAGAUAUUGGAGAUUGCUGAAGAGAAGUUACUCCGAAUUCGGACUCCAUUAGACGUUAUCUAUCUGCUGCAAGAUGACAUUGAGCAACAGGAAAGGAUUGCCAAAGAGGCAAUGGAGACUAAUUGAUAUUAGAACUUAUUAUUAUUAUUAUUAUUAUUAUUAUUAUUAUUAUUAUACAUGUAUUAUUAU